GGCUGCAGCAAAGCAAGAGCAAAACAUGAUACGUGGGUGUCUGCUGAACUGCUGCUAAACGAAAGCAAACCAAUUUACUAGGAAAUCAACAAACAGAAACAGUGAUUUGAGUGAUAAGUUCCUUAGUUGCCGUACGAAUCGUCACUCCGCAGGAUCAGGACCCAGGAUGGCCGAUCUAAAGAAGGACCUGGACGAGUAUCUGCUGCUGCAGAGCGACCAGAAGAAAAGUUUCAAGCUUGAAAUGCCCAAAAUGCCGUCGAUAUCCGCGUCCGGAGGGCUAGUGAGCAAACUUUUCGGCAAAAGUCCGGAACCGGAGACGAACAGCUGGCUCAAGGAAACACAGGAUACCUGCUGUCCAAAAUUGAGUCGGAUACAAAGAAUCGUCGGUUUUGUGACGUGCAUGGGACUGGGAGUGUUUUGCAUGAUUGUGUCCACUUUCUACAUUCCGGUGUUGAUACUCAAAGCAAGGAAGUUUGCUUUGCUUUACACACUGGGCAGCAUCUUUUUCAUUAUGAGUUUCUCCUUUCUCAGCGGAUUUGCAGCCAUGUUCCGGCAAAUGUUCUCCCGCGAUCGGUUGUGCCUGUCGACAUCGUACACCUGCUGCCUGGUGGCCACGGUGUACUUUGCUACGAUCGAAAAAAGCACGGCUUUCACCGUGCUGUUCGCGGUCGCACAAAUAAUCUCCCUGCUGUGGAUGAUUCUUGGCACCAUCCCGGGCGGGAUGACCGGAGUCAAAUUCUUCAGCCAGAUGUUCCGAAGCUCGGUAUCCAACCAGUUACCGGUGUAAUCGGUUGGAUUUUCAUUUUAUAACGUAGGUAAGAUGUGGAAGAGCAAGAAAAAAAGUAACUAAAAGGGGAAGCAAAAUGCUGACCACUGCAUAUUGGUGUUAUUUUCCGGUGAUAAAAAGAACAGAGCAGAAAUUGUAUCAGUAUAACUAUUAUGAAUAAUAAAUAACUA